ACCCGGGAUUGUUCCCGCCUCCUGACCCGGGAUUAUUCCCAACCCCCCCUGACCCGGGAUUGUUGUCUCACGGAAGGGAAGCCUGUACCGCCUGUGAGGAACUUUCUCUCACUGACGCAGACUGUCAUGGAGCCCGUCUGCCGAGAAGAUAAACUUAAUCCUAUGGUAGCUGCUAAUAUAUUCUCCAAAGUAUUUUUCUGUUGGUUAAAUCCACUGUUUCGAAUUGGUUACAAAAGGAGAUUAGAAGAAAAUGAUUUGUACAAAGUGCCUCCAGAAGAUGGUUCUGAGAGAUUAGGAGAGGAACUGCAAAGGUACUGGGAUAAAGAAGUCCAGAAAGCACAGAAGCAAGCUCGAGUUCCCCAUCUUACAAACGCUGUUUUGAAAUGUUUCUGGAAAUCAUAUGUCAUUUUAGGUGCAUUCACAUUUUUAGAGGAAACAAUCAGAAUUGCUCAGCCUAUCAUGUUAGGAAAAGUUAUUAAUUAUUUUGAAAACUACAAUCCAGAUGAUACAGAGGCUUACAAAGUUGCCUUUGGCUAUGUUGCUGGUAUAUCACUUUGUACUCUAUUUCUGGCAAUUCUGCAUCAUCUGUAUUUCUUUCAUGUACAAAGGUGUGGGAUGAAGCUAAGAAUAGCAAUGUGUCAUAUGAUUUAUAAAAAGGCUCUUCGUCUCAGCAAUGUUGCAUUGGCAAAGACAACAACAGGUCAGAUAGUGAACCUGUUGUCGAAUGAUGUUAAUAAGUUUGAUCAGCUAACCAUAUUCCUGCAUUUCCUAUGGGUUGGACCGUUGCAGGCAAUUGCAGUGGGAGCACUACUCUGGCAAGAAAUAGGGCCAUCUUGCCUGGCUGGAAUGGUUAUACUGCUUAUCCUGAUGCCAACACAAACCAUUUUUGGAAAGUGGUUUUCAGAACUGAGAGGCAAAACUGCAAUACUGACAGAUAACAGAAUUCGUAUAAUGAAUGAAGUUAUAUCAGGAAUGCGAAUCAUCAAAAUGUAUGCAUGGGAAACGCCCUUUUCAAAUUUGAUUGCUCAAGUUAGAAAGAAGGAGAUUGCCAAGGUUCUACUAAGUUCUUAUUUACGUGCCUUGAACAUGGCCUCAUUUUUUAUUGCAAGCAAGAUGAUAUUGUUUUUUACAUUCCUGGUAUACGUGCUACUUGGCAACACCAUCACAGCAAGUCAUGUGUUUGUCACAGUUUCGUUGUACAGUGCUGUGAGACUCACAGUCACCCUGUUCUUCCCAGCAGCUAUUCAGACAGCUUCUGAGGGAUUAAUCAGCAUUAGAAGGAUAAAGGUAUGUACAAGAAUCAAAAAAGGAUUUUCAAGGUGUAUAACUGGGGUUUUGAAAAAUAAGCCUCGUAUUCUGGUGACACAUCAACUUCAAUAUUUAAGUGCUGCUGACCAGAUUCUGAUAUUAAGAGAGGGCCAGAUGGUUGUUAAAGGAAAUUUCAAGCAGCUUUUAAAUUCUGGAAUUGAUUUUUCCUGUCUGCUAAAACAAGAUGAAGAGGAUGAACAGACAGACUCCCAUGCUGCCACAAAAAUAACUAAGGAACGUACACUUUCACAGACCUCCAAUUUGUCUUUGAGUUCCUCAACACAAUCUCACAAAGAAGGUUUAUUUGAGCCACCGGGGGAGUCUGUACUAUCGGCAACACCGGAGGAGAGUCACUCUGAAGGAUCAGUUGGCUUUAAAAUUUACAAGAAAUAUUUUCUAGCAGGUGCUAAUGGUUUUAUGCUGAUGGUUGUCAUCAUUCUCAACUUGGUGACACAAGUGUCUUAUGUACUUCAGGACUGGUGGCUAUCUUACUGGGCGACAAGUCAAGACCAAUUGAACAUGACUCAAAUAAAUAGCCAAAAUAACACAAUGCAGCAGCUGGAUAUGAACUUUUACUUGGGAAUCUAUGCAGGUUUAACAAUAGCUGUGAUACUUUUUGGAAUUACCCGAAGUUUGAUCAUUUUCAAUGUGUUGGUGAAUGCAUCUAAGGAGUUGCAUAACAGAAUGUUUGCAUGCAUUAUAAGAGCUCCUGUUUUAUUCUUUGAUAGAAAUCCUAUUGGUCGGAUCUUAAACCGUUUUUCAAAAGACAUUGGCCACUUGGAUGAUUUGCUGCCCUAUACUUGCAUGGACUUUUUACAGAGUUCUCUGCAGAUCCUGGGUGUGAUAGCUGUGGCAGUAGCUGUCAUUCCAUGGAUACUUAUUCCAAUCACUCCACUUGCCAUUGUAUUUUUUUUCCUCCGGCACUAUUACUUGAAAACAUCACGUGACAUUAAACGCAUGGAAACAAGCACUCGAAGCCCAGUUUUCUCCCAUCUAUCUUCAUCCCUCCAAGGAGUUUGGACAAUUCGUGCCACAAAAACAGAACAACAGUUUCAAGCAAAAUUUGAUGAACAUCAGGAUCUUCAUUCAGGAACAUGGUUUCUUUUUCUGUCAACUUCACGGUGGCUUGCUGUUCGUUUAGAUGCACUCUGUGCAGUUUUUGUUAGUAUUGUUGCUUUUGGAUCUAUUAUAAUUGCCAACAGAUGUGUAGCAGAGCUAGAUGCAGGACAGGUUGGAUUGGCUCUGUCUUAUGCUAUCACGUUAAUGGGCAUGUUCCAGUGGGGAGUGCGACAAAGUGCUGAAGUUGAAAAUCUGAUGACUUCAGUGGAGCGAGUGCUGGACUACACUGAACUUGAAAGUGAAGCACCAUGGGAAUCACACAAGCCCCUACCUGAUGGCUGGCCACACCAUGGAGCCAUUGUCUUUGAAAACGUUAACUUUGGCUACAGUCCAGAUUGUGAGCCCAUUCUACAAGAUCUGAAUCUCUCAAUCAAAUCCAAAGAAAAAAUUGGGCUUGUUGGAAGGACAGGCGCUGGGAAGAGUUCUCUCAUCUCAGCCUUGUUUCGCCUUGCUGAACCAGAAGGGAAAAUCAUCAUUGAUGGCAUUGUAACCUCGGAACUAGGUUUACAUGACCUGCGAAACAGCAUGUCCAUCAUUCCUCAGGACCCAGUUUUGUUUACUGGUACCGUAAGGAAGAAUCUGGAUCCCUUUGAUGACCACACUGAUGAAGCACUAUGGAAUGCAUUGGAAGAGGUGCAGCUGAAGGAGGUGAUCGAAGAAUUGCCAAAUAAGAUGAUGACAGAACUUGCCGAAGCUGGUUCCAAUUUCAGCGUUGGACAAAGGCAACUUGUGUGUCUUGCCCGGGCAGUUCUUAGAAAAUGUAAAAUACUUAUCAUCGAUGAAGCAACAGCAAAUGUGGAUCCUCGAACGGAUGAAUUAAUUCAGAAGACAAUUCGAGGGAAGUUUGAACAGUGUACAGUGCUGACAAUCGCUCAUCGGCUUAAUACAAUUAUUGACAGUGAUAGAAUUCUGGUGCUUGAGGCAGGAAGAGUUGCAGAGUAUGCAGAGCCCUGUGUUCUUCUAGAGAACAAAGAUGGUUUAUUCUACAAGAUGGUGCAACACUUGGGCAAGGCUGAAGCAAUUGCUGUGACAAAGACAGCCCAAGAGAUACAUUUGAAAAGGAAAUCUGCAGAAGGAACACAGACUGACCAAAUAUUAGCCAAUGGUUUGGCCAUUGUAUCGCCUAACAAUGUUGUCUUUGAGUCAUCACUUUGAGCGGAAGAAGUAGUAAAAUGGAACAUCUGCAUCUAACAGUAGAAAAUUGCUUAUGUCUUGUCACUUCGCGGGAAAGAUUGAUUUUCUUAAAUAAAUCUUGGAGAAUGGAUAAAGAUUUGCACCAAAAAUUUCCAUUUAUCUAUUACUGGACCUGAUUACAUUAGAUAUUACCAUACGAAAUAUUGAAAUUGAAAUCAACAAAUAUCCACUUAUUCUGUGUCUGAAAUAGAUGCCUGUUUUCAAAAAAGGUAUCAGGUGCACCAAAUGUAUUUAAAUGAAAUUAACGGUGUAAACAUUUGGGAGGGAGAGAAAUUUUCCUUUCUAAGUUGAAGUAUGUUAACUCCAUGAAUCAUAGUUAUCACAAUAGGCCAGGAGAACAAAGUCAAGUUUGCAAAGAUUUUGAAGGGGCAAUGUAUUGCAAUAUUUUGCCCCUGAACAGUCCCUGAAUAAAUUGCACCAUUAUCGAUGCUAAGGCCAAACACUGACUCAUGCCGAGAUUAUUCAGGAUGCCUAUUCCAUUAAUUCACUUCAUGUAGGCAAUAGAUACUAUUCAAGUACCUCACGUUAUUUGUUUCACCAAAAGUAAAAUGUUCCAAGUCAAAUUUAUAUUUUGUUCUUUGACAAUUUCUCAUACUCUUGAGAAGCAAAAUAAAGCUUGUUUAAUUGGCUAGUUAAUUUAACAUAGGUCUACAAAUUACAGGUUUUCAUUUCAGAAGAAGAUUAAGCUGGAGGCAAGUCAAUUUAUUAUAAAAUUUUAUAUUUGUAGAAAGGUGACUAAAAGUGAAAUUAAUUGUACGCCCAAAGAGAUUCUUUUGGGAGAGUACUCACUGUGAAAACCUACUAAAGGCUGGUGUGGCAAACUGAAGUGAUACUAGACAAUAAACCUUAAUACUUGGCUUAGAUUGAGAGUCAGGUGAUAGCUAUAUCCUCCUUACAGUUAUUCCUUGAAUAUUUCAACUUGAAUGUAGUAGUAAUCUAAAAAAAACUUUCAUUGUUAUUUUCUAAUAACAAUACUAGUUAAACUAGUAUGGUUAGCCUUCAACUGAAAGAGCAUUCUACAUUUUUAAACACUUGGUGCCUUUGUAGCAAUAAAAUUACUACAGUUAUGCAAAUAGAUGGGCCACAUUUACUGUUCAGUGCAGUGGGAAUUACUUCAUCUUAUCUUUUUUGAUGAAGCCUAAUGAAGUGUAAUAAUGAAUCUUGCUUUAUCAUAUUUCCAUGAAGGUUAUGAUAUCCUUCCUUGAAAUAGUUUGUUUCCCAAAUUCCACUUUUGUAAUUUACGCUGCUGAAGAGAACAAAGUUAAAUAGCUACAAAACAGUUCUGAAGAAGGGUCACUGCACCUGAAAUCUUAACUGAGUUCUCUGCAGAUGCUGCAAGAUCUUCUUGAGGUUUUUUUUCCAGCAAUUUCUGUUUUUGUUUGAUUUUCAGCCUUGGCAUUUCUUUUGGCAUGUUUUCAGGUUAAUGAGCUGAAUUUGUUUAUGAUGAUGUUAUGAAGUUUGGUUAAACAGAAAACUGUUUCAGCAGUUUCCCCAAUGCCUUCAAAUAGCAUUAUUCUUUUAGAUUAUUGAUAAUAAAUGAAUUAAAACAUCAAGAAAAAUGUUAUGCAAAUCAAUUUAAAUCCAGUUUGAAAUUCAAUAGGAUGCUGAUUCAUCUGAAUGUACGUUUGCAUUACUCAGGGUUGAGUCCAAAGAUGCUUUGAUUAAGAUUUCAAGCCAUUGUUGAUUUCUGUAACUCUGUGUGGGUUGAUACUGAAGGCAUUUAGAUCCUUCCUGAAAAUAAACUGAGAAUAUAUAAAUAUUAAAUACAAAAGGUAACAACUGCUAAAGCACUGAAAAAAUGUGUGUGGUAUAUAGAACAAUACAGCCCUGUACAGGCCCUUCGGCCCUUGAUGUUGUGCUGACCUUUUACUCUACUCUAAGAUCGAACUAACCAACAUACUAUUGUACUAUCAUCCAUGUGUCUAUCCGAGAGUCGCUUAAGUGUCGCUAAUGUAUCUGACUCUACAACCACCACUCUGUAUAAAGAACCAACCUCUGACAUCUCUCUUAAACUUCCUCCAAUCACCUUAAAAUUAUGCCUCCUCAUGAUAGCCAUUUCAUCCCUGGGUGAAAAAGACUAUUCUGACUAUUCACUACCUCUGCCUCUCAUCAUCUUGUUCACCUCUAUCAAGUCAUCUCUCACCUUUCUUCACUCCAAUGAGAAAAUCCUUAG